CCAUUUUCGUUCUUUCUCCUAAUCUCUAAAAUGGCUCGAUCUUUCUCUCCUUCACUUUCUCUCUCUAGAUGCCGUUUCGCCGCAGCUUCUCUUCUCCCUUCAUCUCAAACCAUCUUCUUCCGAUCUCAAUCCUCGAAUCGCCGGUCUAACCGCUUUGGAGAAAUCUACGAGAUUGAUAUCGCUGCUGCAUCGAAGUCGCAAUCGGAUCCUCUUCUCCAUAAGUUGGAAGAUGCUGUCCACCGGAUAAUGGUACGCCGAUCCGCACCAGAUUGGCUCCCUUUUGUUCCCGGUGCUUCGUAUUGGGUUCCACCGCCUAGAUCCCAGACUCAUGGGAUCGCUAAGCUCGUUGAGAAGCUGGCCAAUCCGAUCUCUGAUGAAGAAUCUAUUUCAAUCUCAUCGGUUCGAGGAUGGCCUUGCUCUGAUUACUUCAUCAAAGGUGUACAGCCUCAGUCAGUUGAGACGGAGAUGACUUCAAAUACUGCAUCUCACUCCGACGACGAGGAAUAAACCCCAAAACUCUGUCAAACCAAUGUUUGGGUUCUUGCUCUCCAAGAUUUGUAGAUCCAUGAACACAAUUCAUCGAGGAUUCAUAUCACCAAGAGCAACUACAAAGACGUGACAUGGUUUAGACUUUUAGAUAGGGUAGAGUAAGCAAACCUUUUACAGACUGAUCCGAUCCUAUCCAGUCUUAGUGAAAUUAAAUAAGAAAAGGUGCUGUGGCUU